UGUAUCUGUAACAAAAACCUAAACAGAGUACUGUAAGUCUGUAACUCCUGCCUCUCUCGGUGUCUCUCUCUCUAGCUCUCGCUCUACUAUGGAUUUUGUGGAUAUGGCAAAAGCAAAAAAAUUAUUCGCUGAAACCAGGUUCUAUUGUUAAUUUAUCUCCUCAAUUUUCAACUUUCAGAUACAGAUACAAAGCUUUAAGUUGCUUCAAUUUCUUCGAAAAUUCAUGUAUGAAAUUAAGUUCUCCGCGGAAAUCUUAGGAAAUUAGGUUAUGGAAAUGGGCUUGGUCUUAUAUUCAUCUUUACAACUGCAAUGACGGAAUGAUACGUACAUCGCUAAGAAAAAUCUAUGUGGUUUCGUGAUUCUGAUAUUUUGGUGUUCGUCUGAAUCUUUGUUGUGAUGGGUAGUGUGGAAGUACCCAGUUGGUUGAAAGGGCUGCCAUUGGCGCCUGAGUUUCGUCCCACUGAUACUGAAUUUGCUGACCCAAUUGCUUACAUAUCGAAAAUUGAGAAGGAAGCUACUGCAUUUGGUAUAUGUAAGAUUAUACCUCCAUUACCAAAACCUUCAAAGAGAUACGUUAUUUCUAACUUGAACAAGUCACUAUUGAGGUCCGCGGAAUUGGGUAGUGAUUUGAAUUCUAUCGAUGCAGCUUCUUCUCUAAGGAUGGGUUCUGGAAGUAGCGGCAGUGCUGGGGAAGUUAGGGCGGUAUUUACAACUAGACACCAGGAAUUGGGGCAGAGUGGGAAGAGGGUCAAGGGGGUGGCUAAUAAUCUGCAAGUAGGUGUUCAUAAGCAAGUGUGGCAGAGUGGAGAGGUUUAUACGUUAGAGCAGUUUGAGUCGAAGUCAAAGGCCUUUGCACGAAGUGUGCUGGGUAUGAUCAAGGAGGUUUCUCCACUGGUUAUUGAGUCUUUGUUCUGGAAAGCAGCGUCUGAGAAGCCAAUAUAUGUGGAAUAUGCCAAUGAUGUUCCUGGCUCAGCAUUUGGGGAACCCGUGGGUCAGUUGCGGCACUUUCACAGAAGGAGGAGGAAGAGGGCAUCCUAUCAGAGGAUUGGAGAGGGCGCUGAUUGCAAGAAAAACAAAUUGGAUGAUGCUAUUGCUAAGGAUUCAAGUAGUGAUGUGAUUAGAAAUGCUUCGAUCAGUCAUGAUCCAAGUAAUUGCACAGAAACAUCCAAACCAUCUAUUCUACCGCCAACGAUGUCAUCAGAAGAAGCCUUACAUACUUCUAGAAGAAAGAAUUCAAAUGCUGGUAAUGACACAGAAGGUACUGCAGGUUGGAAGCUUUCCAACAGUCCCUGGAACUUGCAAGUUAUUGCACGCUCACCUGGCUCAAUUACACGUUUCAUGCCUGAUGAUAUCCCUGGUGUUACUUCUCCCAUGGUCUAUAUUGGCAUGUUGUUCAGCUGGUUUGCUUGGCACGUUGAAGAUCAUGAGCUUCAUAGCAUGAAUUUUCUUCACACUGGCUCUCCAAAGACUUGGUAUGCUGUCCCAGGAGAUUAUGCAUUUGCUUUUGAGGAAGUUUUCUGCACUGAGGCGUAUGAUGGUAAUACUGACCGUAUAGCUGCUCUCUCGCUACUGGGUGAAAAGACAACUCUUCUUUCACCUGAAGUAAUUGUUGCAUCUAGCAUCCCUUGUUGCAGGUUAAUCCAGAAUCCCGGGGAAUUUGUUGUGACUUUUCCAAGGGCUUACCAUGUAGGAUUCAGCCACGGUUUUAACUGUGGGGAGGCUGCUAACUUUGGAACUCCCCAGUGGCUUAAAGUGGCCAAGGAAGCUGCGGUGCGUAGAGCUGCAAUGAAUUAUCUUCCCAUGCUUUCCCAUCAACAAUUGCUGUACCUGUUGACUAUGUCUUUUGUUUCAAGAGUUCCGAGGUCCUUACUUCCAGGUUGUCGGAGUUCUCGCCUGAGAGAUCGCUUGAAGGAAGAGAGAGAGUUAUUGGUAAAGAAGGCUUUUAUGGAAGAUAUGGUAAAUGAAAGCAAAACGUUAUCUCUACUUCUCAGUAAAAGAUCAUCUUGCCGUUCAGUAAUAUGGCAUCCUGAUUCAUUGCCGUGUGCAAAUAAGCCCAGUUUAACAGCUGUUGCUACCCCAGCCGGUGAACAUGCCUCGAAUAUUCAUUCUGGAGAUGAUAGUAAUCAGAAUCUCUAUGACGAGAUGACCGUGUAUAUGGAAGCUCUAAAUGGUUUAUACUUGGACGAUGAUAAUUUGUAUGAUUUUCAAGUUGAUUCGGGAUCAUUGGCAUGUGUUGCUUGUGGAAUCCUUGGUUUUCCAUUUAUGACUGUGGUACAACCAUCUGAGAAAGCAUCAAUGGAACUUUUGCCUGCAGAUUAUCUUGUGGUCCAGAGACCUGGGGGCUCAAAAUUUGAUGGUGGUCAUUCCUCAGAAGACAAUGAUAGCUCUGUUAAGGACUCCUUUUCAGAGGAUCUACCAAAAAUGUUGAAGUUCAAUAAGGGGUGGAACACUUCUGAUAAAUUCCUGAGACCUCGGAUUUUCUGCUUGGAGCACGCUGUUCAAACUGAUGAUCUGUUGCAGACUAAAGGUGGAGCAAACAUGCUCGUAAUUUGCCAUUCAGACUAUCAGAGGAUAAAGGCUCAUGCUGCUUCUGUUGCUGAGGAAAUUGGUUGCUCAUUUAAUUACAAUGAGAUUCCAUUAGGAAGUGCGUUCCAGGAAGAUCUGAACUUAAUUGAUCUUGCAAUUGAUAAUGAAGACCAUGAUGAACGUGGAGAAGACUGGACAUCCAAGCUGGGUAUUAACCUAAGGUACUGUGUGAAGAUCAGGAAAAACUCUCCAUCAAAGCAAGUUCAGCAUGCAUUGACAUUGGGUGGUUUGCUUUCUGAACGAAGUUCCAGAUCCAAUUUAGUAAAAAUCAAAUGGCAGUCCAGAAGAUCCCGCUCAAAAAUUUACUUAAAUCACCAAGACCAUUGUAAACCAUCUGAGAGCAUCGGAACCAAGAAUGAAAUGAAUCAAAAUCCAGAGGGAGUGAUUGUUAGUGAAGAGAAAAAGAUCAUUCACUAUACUAGAAGGAAGUUCAGAGUGAAACGUGAUUGUUUGACAGAUGCAAGUAUGAGCUGUAGACACCCUAGCAAUUACCUGGCUGGAGAAGUUUCAGCAACUAGUUUUGGAGACCUUGAGAAGGAUGAUGGAAAUACAUAUGGAACUAACUUCACUAGCGUUGGGAGUGCCCGAGGCAAUUCCACGGGGUUGGGUUGCUCUCCUAUCGGAAUGUCUAAAAUGCUUUAUGAAAUCCCAGUACUUGAAGCAUCUAGGGAAAGCAGCUCAAUUUCUGGUCCUUUACAGGUUGCUGAUGAACUUUUUACUGGAAGUUUAGUGGUUGAAAGUCUUGAUAAGCAGAUUAAGAACCAAACCUCAGAGGAACUGAAUGCAAAGGGGAUUAGUGAAGGAAUCAGUGUGAGAGAGGAUUCUAAUGCAAGAAAAUGUUUGAGUCCAUCUGCUAUUGCUCCUAGUGAAAGAUUUGAGCAGCAAAGAGAGGAUCAAAAAAGGAAAAAUAUUGAUAUCCCAAAUGAGACCACUGAUCUGAUUUCCGAAGGAAGAUGGGAACCCUCAGGCAAAUAUUGUGGUAAGGAAGUGCUGCAAGAAUGUGAGACUACCACUGUAAGUAACCUCCUGCAUACCAUUUUAUAUAGUGAUAAAAUGAUAAAUCAACCUGCCUCUACCUCGGUGGAAAAAAUUUGUGGAUUUCCAAGAGAGAUUUGUGCUUCUGGGAACUUUUGCAACUCUUUUUCAGUAGAUUGUGAAGUGCAGCAACAACAAAUAAAGGCAAGUGGAAUUAAUAAGAGUAAUGAGGACGAACUCGUUUCUAGAGAUGUUAGACCUUUAAAUCAGCCCACUUCUGCUGCAAUGGAAGAAGUUUCUGAAGUUACAGGGAAGUGUUUCACUUCAGCUGAUUCAUGUGAGGCUGUUAAUCCUGAGAAUGGGGUGCAACAGGACAUUCUGAAUACAAAUAGAAGUGAGGAGACAUUUGUCUUGAGCUCUACUGCCCCAACAGAAGUUGAUCGGGCUGCUUUUGUCUUAAAGGAAAAUUGUUUGGAAGUUUCUGCUGGGACCUGUUCGAAACAAAACAUAUGCAAUGCUACGACUUUAGACUCUGAGGUGCAGCAUGAAAAUGUGACUGCAAGUAAAAGCGACGCAUAUGAACUUCUUUCUAUUGCGAUCACAGGGAAUGAAGAAGAAAAUCAUGCCGUCACUUUUGCAGUUGAAAGAUGUACAUUUCAAGGAGAGAGUGCCCAUGCAGAAAAUCUGACUUUAGACACUGCCGUGCAGCAUGAAAUUGUGAGUACCAGUAGAAGUAAUUCAGAUGAACUUGUUACUAAUUCAAUCACGAGCAAGGGAGAACAGAAUCAUCUUAUGGCUUGCCCAAUGGAAAAGAGUCGUCCCAUCCAAGGAGAGAUUGUGAGUGGAGAAAAUCUGCUAAACAGCGAUGAAGGUUGUUCAAUGCAAGACAUUAAAGAGCCUGGAGUCAUUGAGUCCACUUUGACGGACUCUAGAUCAAUUGCUGAAAAUGGAAGAAAGAGAAAGAAAGAACUGGGGCUGAAAGGGGAAGACAUUUUCAACUGCAAUGGCUUUGUUAGAAGCCCAUGUGAAGGGUUGAGAUCGAAGGCCGGCAAAGAUGCAACAAGUAGAGGUGGUACUGACAGAAAAUUAGAGGAGAAGGUGAUAAAGAAGGUUAAGAAGUCUUCCGAUGAUUCUGCUUCUUCUUGCCAGAAAAGGAAAGAAAAUACAAAGAAGUCUCACAAAUGUGACCUUGAAGGUUGCCAUAUGCGUUUUGAGACAAAGGCGGAAUUACAGUUGCACAAACGAAACCGCUGCCCAUAUGAAGAUUGCGGGAAGAAGUUCCGGUCCCAUAAAUAUGCUAUACUUCAUCAACGUGUGCAUGAGGAUGAGAGACCCCUCAAGUGCCCAUGGAAGGGCUGCUCCAUGUCAUUCAAAUGGGCAUGGGCUAGGACUGAGCAUAUAAGGGUGCACACUGGAGAGCGGCCAUACCAAUGCAAGGUUGACGGCUGUGGUCUUUCCUUCAGGUUCGUCUCGGAUUAUAGCAGGCAUAGACGAAAAACAGGACAUUAUGUGAAUUCGCCUGCCUGAAAACGAGUUGAUGUUGGUCAGUAUGACUGUCUCUGUAAUAUAGUGACACGGAAUAUUGGAAUUUUGGGGGCCAAAGAGGCCUGUAAAAUCAUGUCGUGGGAUUAGGCAUAGAAUUAGGAUUAGGCAGACUUUUGUAAGUAGGCAUUCUCCAAUUUUUUUAAAAGGAAAAAAAAUGUUGAUGUAGUUUUUCUUUUUGGUCUGGAUCAUUAGAUGCAGGGGUGGAAAAAAGAUCAAUUCUGAGUCAGACAACAAAUACGUGUUUA